AUUAAAAUUUUACUGUGGAAAGGUGUGAAAAAUGUGGUCCGACACGUUUUUAAUUGUAUUUAUAUCAAUAUGCACAGCGUUUUUAGGUGAAGGACUAACCUGGGUGCUGGUCUACCGUACCGAGAAAUAUCAGCGGCUAAAAACCGAGGUUGAUAAACAGAGCAAGAAGUUGGAGCGCCAAAAGGAGACACAUGGCGAUUCGUUGGACAAAUCGGUUAAGAAGAAACUCGAACGUUUCGAGGAGAAAUUGAAGAAUAACAAUCGCGACUUGUCGCUGGUCAAGAUGAAGUCCAUGUUUGCCACAGGAUUCGCAUUUACAGCGUUGCUCAGCAUGUUCAACAGCAUAUUCGAUGGACGCGUCGUGGCCCAACUGCCCUUCACACCCAUCUCGUGGAUACAGGGUUUGAGCCACAGGAAUCUGUCUGGUGAUGAUUAUACCGACUGCUCAUUCAUAUUUCUCUACAUCCUGUGCACGAUGUCGAUACGCCAAAACAUCCAGAAGCUGUUGGGCUUUGCGCCAUCGCGUGCAGCUAGUAAACAGGGCGGCGGUCUUUUUGGUCCAACACCUGGGCAAUUUAAAUAGUAAUUGUGUUGUUGGCGUGUUUCCUAGUUAAAAUUCGGUUUGAUUUUGUAUUAAUUGGUGUAAUAAAUUACAUUUAAUUUAAA